UAUCUGUGUAAAUUGCACGCAAUGUGAAAGUAGAUGUAUUUUAAACGUUCGACUGUUUUAUGCGCAGUUUAAAGUCCGUUUUGCUAAUGUCUGGCUAAUUAUUAAAUGACAGUAUGCCUAUAUAGCUGUGACGACUCUCCAAUUAUCAUGUAAAUCGGAGUUUAAAAUAAAAUCGACGGUAGCGACACCUAUAAUGCAACAAUGGCGGAAGGACCGGUAGCACGGCUACAGCAGCUUGAGAACAUUGAGAAGGAUAUUGCUACAGCAAUACAAAGUGCCGGUCAGGCCCUACAAGAACUAGCAAAAGACAAACCUGUGUUGAAACAAGUCGAGACACACACCACCAACUUCAUGAAGAUUUUGAUGGAGGUGGAGAAAAAACUAACGCAACAGAUUAACUACCUGACACAGGUAUCUACAGGUAAGUUCUCAAGACCAAUGAUCCAGGCAUUGCAG